CCCUCUCGCACGCUUGCAAGCGGUAUAAGUCACUUUCCGUGGCGAGCCAAAUACAGUGGAGUGUGUACAGGGCGACCACUCCUUUUAAUCAUGAAAUUUUUUCUGCGGUGCAUUCAACGGGAGCAAUAAAUAUUUUUGUUUCUUUUUCUCCCCGCGGAUUGUUUCUUCGAGUUUUCCGAAUACACAUGUCACUGGCGGUGGAUCGUGAUAUGUGGAUUUGAUCAAGGGGAAGAAAAACAAAUUUGCCGAGAAAAUGUGGAUUUUGAUUUUGGCGUUAACCUUCGCCUGCGGGAACGGCCAAUUCUCGCAGGAGCCGAACGAAUCGACGCGCGUUCCUUGGAAUCGCUUCGACGACAGGGAUCAAACUGGAUACGGUGUACGAAAUGUUGGAGGUGUGGACAGCAUAAUAAUAAAAGAGGCGACAUACUUUGUGGUAGCUUCACGAAUGGUCAGACCUGGUCAGAUCUAUCGUUUGGCUGUCAAUGUGUUGCAUAGUCCAUUGCCGAUGAUGGUGCGCUCAUCCAUCCAAAGAAAUGGAGUGGAAAUUGCAGCGGACUAUCAAGAAGUGAAGGAAGGGAUUCCAGAGACCCUAAUGAUGAGAAUGCCGCCAACUUCCGUCGUGGGAGAGUAUAAACUGAGAGUGGAAGGGAUGUACAAUAGUUUGACUGGUGGUCAAGCGUUUUUAAAUGAAACUAAACUUACAUUUUCUCAGAGAUCAAUGACAAUCUUCAUUCAGUUAGAUAAGCCAUUAUACAUGCAAGGUGAAACUAUAAGGUUUAGAACUAUACCCAUAAAUACUGAAUUGAAAGCAUUCAACAAUCCGAUUGACGUGUACAUGUUGGAUCCAAGUAGAAGAAUAAUGAGGCGGUGGUUGAGUAGACAAAGCAAUUUGGGUACAGUGUCCUUGUCCUAUCAACUCUCUGACCAACCUGUUUUUGGAGAAUGGAUCAUACAAGUGAUUGCACAAGGGCAAGUGGAAGAAAAGACUUUCCAAGUAGAAGAAUAUUAUCAGACACGUUUUGAAGUCAAUGUCACAAUGCCAGCAUUCUUCUUUGAUAAUGAUCCAUAUAUACAUGGCAUAGUCCAAGCGAAUUAUACCAGUGGUGCACCGGUAAGAGGAAAUCUGACUCUGAAAGCAAGCUUUAGAUCGUUAGAUAGAAUUCAUAUGGAAUCGGGUUCUGAAGCUACCGAAAGAUAUUUCUUCUUCGAUGAAGAGUAUCCGUCAUGGUUAAAAAUAUCAUCAUACUAUGAUGAAAAAGCUCCUGUUCUCAGAUUUUUUAACGGAACGUAUCAUUUUCGAUAUCCCAUGGCAGAAUUAUUAACCUUUGUUCCAUCUUCGAGUGGAGUGGAAGUUACUGUUACCGCAACUGUCGGUGAAAGAUUUUUGGAAGAAAUCAUUACAGGAUAUUCCACGGCUCGCAUUUUCAAUUCCACGACGAAGAUCAGAUUUUUAGGAGGUACUCCACAGGUGUUCAAACCGGCGAUGUCGUUUUCAUUGAAUCUGGUGGCGUCCUUCCAUGAUAAUUCCCCAUUGAGAAAAACGCAAUUAAUGGGAGCUGUAAUGGAAAUUCGGGCGGAUAUCGAAAUGAGGACAGGUGGUCGUAGAACUAUGGAAACUCAGUAUUUAAAACCUUCAACAGACAAUGAAGGAAUUUGGUCCACAAAAAUUGAUUUAAGAAAACAGCUUGGACUUGAACACAACACAGAUCAAGCUCAACAAAUAUUAAACGAUGUUUCUUCCAUGAAAGUUUACGCUUAUUUUACUGAUGGUGAAGGAUUUAGAGCUCAAACGGAAUUACUAUUAUUAUCCCAUGAAUCUCCUAAUCAGCAGCACAUAAAAAUUUCUACGUCUACCGAGAAGCCUAAGGUUGGGGAAUAUAUGGUUUUCCAUGUGCAAACGAACUUCUAUAUCGAUACCUUUAAUUAUCUGAUCAUGGCCAAAGGUACUAUUCUUUUAACUGGUCAGGACGACAUGCAACAUAACAUUAAAACAUUUGCUGUUCCAAUCAGUGCAGAGAUGGCACCUGUUUCUACUAUACUGGUAUACCACGUUGGACAAUAUGCUAACGUAGUAGCGGAUUCUUUAACAUUUUCUGUGAACGGUAUUUCUCGUAAUAACUUCACAAUACUCAUUAACAACAAGAAAGCCAGGACUGGUGAAAACGUUGAGAUCGCUAUCUAUGGAGAACCAGGAGCAUAUGUUGGCCUAUCAGGUAUAGAUCGGUCUUUCUUCACUAUGCAAGCUGGAAACGAGUUGUCAUAUGCUACUGUUAUCACCAAAAUGGCACACUUCGAUGAAGCAACUAACGGUACCCAUGAUCACAUCUGGCUGUAUCAUGAUGGUGAUCCAGAUGAAGUUGUCUACUACCCGUCUUCAACAUUUGGUAUAGAUGCCAAUAGAACAUUCGAUUAUAUAGGAUUAGUAGUUUUCACGGAUGCGUUUGUUUAUCGACGACCUGAUAACUGUAACAUAACACAAGGAUAUGGAGAGUGUCUCUCUGGAAGGUGUUACAGAUUGGAGAAAAAGUGUGAUGGAAUAUUGGACUGUGAGGAUGGUACAGAUGAGGCAGCCUGUGAGCAUAGAAAUAUCACUGACAUAGCUCAAUUCAGGAAGUGGCGGUACAAUAGGAUACAGAGGUUAUAUGAGAACGUAUGGUUAUGGAAGGACAUUAACAUUGGUCCCCAUGGCAGGCAUAUCUUCAACAUAGAUGUGCCACGAAGACCAGUUCAUUGGAUGGUCACAGCAUUUGGUAUGUCACCAAGUUUGGGAUUUGGCAUGUUACCGAAAGCCAUUGAAUACAUGGGUGUCCUACCGUUUUACAUCAACGUGGAAAUGCCUUCUCACAGUAAACAAGGAGAACAGAUUGGCAUUCGAGUCUCUGUCUUCAAUUAUUUGCGACACAAUAUAGAAGCUGUGGUUGUUCUGGCUGACUCUAAGGAUUACAAAUUCAUUCACGUGGAAGACAAUGGCAUUGUACAAUCAUACAAACCACGCACAUCAUUUGGUGAGCAUCAGUUCUUCAUUUGGAUUCCCGCGCAGGAUGCUGCAAUCGUCUACUUGCCUAUUGUACCUGUCAGACUUGGAGACAUCAAAGUGCACAUUUAUGCCACAACUGUGAUUGGACGAGAUUCGGUUACACGCAGCUUGCACGUGGAAGCCGAUGGCGUUCCGCAGUAUCGUCAUCAGUCCAUUCUACUUGACCUUAGCAACCGUGCCUACGUAUUCCAAUACAUGCACGUUAAUAUCACUGAAACCCCCAUCAUACCGUACGAUGAAAAUCGUUACUAUGUAUUUGGAUCGAAUAAGGCAAUCAUUAGCGUUGUCGGAGACGUCGUAGGACCAAUUUUCCCAACCAUGCCGGUCAACGCCACCAGUCUCAUGGGUCUCCCUAUGGACAGUGCUGAACAGAAUAUGUUCAGUUUUGCAGCUAACUUAUAUACAACUUUGUACAUGCGACUGAUUAACCAACGUAACAGAACACAAGAGAAGGAAAGCUUUUAUUAUAUGAACAUUGGUUACCAGCGGCAACUGUCAUUCAUAAACAGCGAUGGAUCGUUCAGUUCAUUCAGAAGCGAUUGGAACCAGUCUGCGUCAAGUGUUUGGCUAACAGCCUAUUGUGCACGUGUUUUACAGGAAGCUCGAUUUUAUGAAUGGGAGAAUUAUUUGUACAUAGACCCAGAAGUCAUAGCUCAAGCAGUGUCUUGGUUAUUAAAGCAUCAGACUCCAGAGGGAUCCUUCUAUGAAGUUACAUGGUUGCCAGACAGGAAAAUGAACAACUCUCUGAAUUAUAACUAUGAUAUAAUAACACACAGAAAUAUUAGUCUAACAGCUCAUGUUCUCAUUACAUUGCAAUCUGUGAAAGAUUUACCGGAGGGCUUGGGUACUCAGGUUGCUGUCAGUGCUGCGAAUGCAGUCAAAUGGUUGGAGAGGAACUUGAAGCUUAUGGAGGAGCGUGGGAAGCCUUAUGAAAUAGCCAUAGUUGCGUAUGCUCUGUUGUUGGCAAAAGCUUCCACCGCAGGACAAGCUUACAGCAUCUUGUCCAGACACGCUCGGAGAGAAGGAGGUUUGACAUACUGGGGCAGAGAACAAGUGCCACUUCCUCCUUACAAAUUGGAGAACCAGAAACCAUUCCUACUUCCACGUCUGCCAUACAAAUACGACUCUGAGAAUAUCGAAACUACUGCAUAUGCACUGUUGGUGCAUGUCGCAAGGCAAGAGACAAUGAUAGAGCCUAUAGUAAAGUGGCUAAAUUCCCAGAGAUUAACAGAUGGCGGAUGGGCUUCUACGCAAGACACUGCAUGGGCAAUGAAAGCUCUGAUGGACUAUACGGUUAGAUCUAGAAUCAGAGAUGUCAGCUCGUUAACUGUUACCGUAGAGGCAACUUCUCUUCCAGGACAAACUAAAACACUAUUCGUUAAUGACAAAAAUCUAGCUAGACUCCAAAAGAUAGAGAUACCAGAAGCUUGGGGAACGGUGAAGGUACAAGCCAAAGGUGCCGGUUACGCAAUUCUGCAAAUGUCUGUCCAGUACAACGUAGACAUAGCUAAAUUCCAAACUCAACCACCGGUCAGAUCAUUUGAUUUGGUCACCAGAGCUAACUUCCAUGGCAGGAAUCAGUCUCACAUAUCAUACCUUAGUUGUCAAAGGUGGAUAAACACGAAUGAGUCAUCGCGCUCUGGAAUGGCGGUGCUGGACGUGGCCAUACCAACGGGUUACAUAAUCCAGCAGCAAACCUUGGAUAGAUAUAUCCUCUCGAGACGAGUGAGGAACCUUCAAAGAGCAAGGUUCCAAGAGAAAAAAAUCCUCUUCUACUUCGACUAUCUGGACCAGGAGGAAACGUGCGUCAACUUUACCAUAGAAAGAUGGUAUCCAAUAGCAAACAUGUCGCGUUACCUUCCUAUCAGAGUUUACGACUAUUAUUCACCAGAACGUUUCAACGAAACGAUAUUUGACGCUCUACCGACGUACACGUUGAACAUUUGUGAAGUCUGCGGUAGCUCCCAGUGUCCAUAUUGCCCGAUCUAUAACACUGCCACAUUGUUAGCCACGCCGACAGGUUUCGUGCUGGUAAUGUCCAUCGUAGUUGUAAUGAGAUACUUUCGAACGCAGGAGUUCAGCGUGGGAUAGUUACAAAAUUGAACAUAAGAUUGAAUAUUUCGAGCC